AUGACUCCUUGCAACAUCUACAAUUCUUCUGCGCCGCAUCUCCACUACAUUGGAAAGGCUCUAGUCGAAAUAGAGAGCGCCUUGUCAGGGGACGCAGGGGCGGUGGACGCGGAGCUGCAGCGGGGGGUAGAGGUGGACCAGAUAGAGGAAGGAAGGACAGCCCUGCACUGCGCCGCCGCUGAGGGCCUGCUGGAGGUGGUGAAGGUGCUGCUCUACUACAAGGCUAACCCGACCAGGAGAAGCAAGAUGGAGGAGGAUAAUGGAGGCACAGCGCUCCAUCUGGCGGCGGAGAACGGCCAUGUGGAGGUGGUGGAGGAGCUACUUCAAGCCAGGGCCAACGUGGAGGUGCUGGACGCCAAGGGGCGUCAGGCAUCCCACAGGGCAGCCUCCAGGGGUCACAGAGGCGUCCUUGAGGUCUUGCACAAACACGGGGCGGAUAUGGAUGCUAGGGACGCAGGAAAAGCCACGCCCCUGCACUUCGCCGCCUUCUACGGGGACAUGGGGGCAGUGAGGUGGCUGGUGGAGGAGGCCGGGGCAGUCGUUACGUACAAGGACAAAAAUGGACGCCAGCCUAAGGACGUGGCCAAGAAAUUUAAUAACUCGGCUGUUCAGAAGUACUUGAAGAGUGGUGGCGGUGGUGGUGGCAAGAAGGGUGGUGGUGGUGGUGGUGGUAUGUCUAUGUUCGGCGGUCCCAAGGCACGGAGGAGCACGCGGGAGACGAGCAGAGACCGCCUGGCCCACGCAGCACGGGAGGCCAGCACACACAGACGCCACAACGAGUCCCCGGCACCUUCUUCUGAUCCCGAGUCCCUGUCAGUGCCUCACCGCCACGACAUGACUGACACUGACGGCCCCAGGGAGGACAAGACCCAGCCUGUCUCCCUCCCAGCUGGUCUCGGCCACGCCCCACAUGACAGCCGCGGCUCCAUGCCCUCACUGUCCCCGCCAGACUCACCCCCGGCACUCCUCAAUGGACAGACGGGUGUGUUUAUAACGGGUGAGGUGUUCUCUCUGGUCUCUCCCCAGGGGCGUGAGAGAGAGUCCCGCCGGCGCACGUGGAGCCUGGGGGCGUCUACCAGGUCCUCCUCCAAGGGGCGAGGACUAAGGGGUCAGGUGGAGGACCUCAUGGAGAUAAAGACGCAGCAGGAGGAGGAGCUGGAGUUCAAGAGGGAGGAGGUGUCGAAACUGAAGACACUGCUGAGCCAGGCCGAGCAGGAGAAAGCGCAGGCGGAGGAACAGGUGACGGAGAUGCGCUAUAUGGUGGAGACGCAGAGGCAGCAGUUGACGGAGGCCACGGAGGGACAGCAGAGGGUCAUUGCCUUACACCAGCAGGACCAGGAAGCCGCCAGGAACGCCGCGGCCAGAAGGGAGGAUGAGGUGCAGGAGCUUCUGACGCAGGCCCGGAAGGACAUCGAUGCCCUGAGGGAGCGUGACGCCCUUAGCCAGCAGACCAUUGAGGCGCUGUCCAAGAAAGUGGAGCGUCUUUCAGUGGAGGGGAAGAUCGGGGAGGAGCGGCUGGAGCAGAAGGAGGCGGCCCUGAAGGAGGCGCUGCGGCAGGUGGAGGAGGGGACUUCUCACGCCGCCACAGUCAUGUCUCUGCGGGAGGAGAUAGACCACCUAACUUGUAUGAUGGAUGACACGAGGGAAAACGCCUUGAUUAUACAGGAACAGCUGGAGAAGAAGAUAUCAGACCUGAGGGAGCAGAACGAGAAGAAGAGCGAGACAAUAUCUCUCCUCUCAGACCGACUAAGGGAGACAGAGACCAACUCAGGCUUCUCACAGGAGGCCGAGCGACGCGUGCAGGAGCUCAGGGAGAAGGAAACGGAGAGCCAGCUGACCAUUGCGUCUCUCAAUGCUAAGAUACAGCAACUCCAGCAGAACAUUACUGACCAUGACACCAAAACUCUCACCUUCCACAAGCAGCAGCAGGCCAAGAUAGAGGAGUUGACGGAAGGUAAUGAAUCGAAACAGGUUACCAUUGCAAGUUUGUCCCACGAGGCUGAGCAGUUAACGAGGAGAAUGAAGGAACAGCAGGAUAGCAUUGUCUGGUACCAGGGGCAGCUCCAGCAGAAACAGCGAGAACAGGAGCAGAAGGAAGGAGAGGGACAAAGGGUGGCGAAGGAACUGAGGGAGGAGAUAGACAGACUUAACGCUAAACUGGAGGAGGCGCAGAAGGUGUCCCUAACGCAGUACGAGAGAGGAGGAACCGUUGUAGCCCUGCAGAAGAGAGACACAGCUCAAAAACAAACGAUCAAGGCCCUAGAGAACCGCCUGCAGCACCUCACCCAGAAGAUGGCGGACGCAGAGCAAGCCUCCCUCAGUGUGCAAAGACAGCAGCUGGAGAAGAUCAAUACCCUGACGGAGCAGCUGGAGGAGGCGCAGCGGAAGACACAGCAGCAGGAGAAGGACAAGGAACACGAGCAGCGGGAGGCGGCGAGUCAGCAGACCAUCAGUGAGCUGCGUCAGGAGGUGGACAGACUCAGCGGUGGCCAGCAGCAGCAGCAGCAGCAGCAGAGAUAUCCCGUCAGGCAGGCCCCCCAGCCGUGGCGCCCCUCGGGACCGCCGCCCCCCGUGCCCUACAGCCAGAAGUACAACCACGUGUCCCCCCCGAGGCAGGACGGCUACACCCCCGCCUACACCUCCCACCAGUGAGAGAGAGAGAGAGAGAGAGAGAGAGAGAGAGAGAGAGAGAGAGAGAGAGAGAGAGAGUCAAUUGACCUUCUCUGUCUUUCAAUAGCUGCUUAAUUUUUUUUGUUCGAAGAAAUAUUUAUAAUUUUAAGUUUUGCUCUCCUUUUUUUGUAUAAGAAUGAAUAUUUUUUGUAUGUGUGUUUUUAGUGUUAGAAAUUUGUCUUUGUUUUUCUUUAUUCCUUAUUUUUCUUCGUUUCUUUCUCUCUUUCUUUCUCUUUUACUAUCUUCUGUGUCUCUUGAUUGCAUUUUUUUCUUUUUGUUACUUUUAAUUCCACAUUCAUCGAUUUUUUUUUCUUAUUCUAAGUGUUUUCCAUUCUUUUCUUAAUUACGGGAUAAGUUCUUUGAUAUAUUUAACUCUAAGCUUGGGGAAAGGCAUUGCUCUGAUUGUUUGUAAAGAUGUACCACCAAAGUAAACAAUUUGAAAUUCGUGUGUGCAUUAAAUGUUCAGUCUACGUUGCCUUUCAGAAUCAUUUAAUCAACAAAUACUAAGAACCAAAGUAAAAAUAAUAAUAUGAAAAUAAGUAUCACGAAAUUCAGCAUUAGGAAUUAUUAAUGUUAAGAGAAUGAUUUAGUAUGUUUAUAAUGUGUGUAUUUUUUGUGUUUCCCAGGAUAGACAAAAUGUGCACAGAAUAUUUUCAUCCACAUUGACUUGCACAAUUAUUUAGGCAAGGAAUAUUAACAGCCAAAGCAAAAUUAAAAUGAAAAUAAUAAACAUCACGAAAUUAAGCCUUUAGGGAUCAUUAAUAUUAAGCAAAUAAUUCAAUACGUUUCAGAGUACAAGUAUUUUUUUUUUUUCCCAGGAUAGACAAACUAAUAUGUAACUUUGACAAAACACUGAACACUUUGAAAAAUUAACGCGCCCUUGAGAAACUAAUGUAGUGGUGAAGAAAACAGAUGAAAAAUUAAUAGCCAAGUAAUGAUUAUAAUGAAAUGGAGGAGAAUGUGCCGCGUACGAUACUUUAUGAAUGAAAGUACGAUGAAAAUUUGCUCUCCUUUCGUUUUUGAUAAGGAUGAACAAGGCUAGGGUUAAUGAUUCUUGUCUUCGUAAUAAUAAUAAUAAUAAUAAUAAUAAUAAUAAUAAUAAUAAUAAUAAUAAUAAAGCACCUAGGUAUUAGAAUAUAUUGUAUAAGAAAAAAUAAUAGUAAUGUUAAUAAAUGGAGCUGAAUUUUUAUGUUUUUUUUUAAGAGAUAAAUGUUGAAGUGUUUUGUGAAGAAGUUACCAAUUAGAUGUUAUUAAAGUGUUUAUUAGUUAAGCAAAUGUUAUAAUUUUUUUAAGAUAAUAAAUGUUAAGAAUAAAAAAAUAAUU